AAUCAGCUGAUUCACCAGCGUUUAGUUUGACUCGAUAUCUUGACUGGUGACGAAGAAACUGGGUGAGGGGAUUUGUAUCUGAGUUCUCACGUGAGAAAGUCUAUCAAGAGGAGUAAAUAUAAAACUGCUAUUGUGUCAAGAUGCCUAAAUUAUUAGGUAGUUAUAUCGAAGAGAAACGGAAGGCGGCCGCAGUGCGAGUUGAAGAAUGGCAGGGGAUAUUGUAUUCAAUAAUUGUCUUUGUGGCAACUCUGGUGGUGAUGUUUUGGGCCAGUUUGUUCCUAUACACAUCAUUCUACUUCACUUACAUGCCUCAGGAGUCCAUAACUUGGCCCAUCCACUUCCAAUAUAAGGCAUGUAGUGAAACACCUGGUAUAUGCAGUAAUCCAACUUCAGUUGUCAGUGUUACUGACCCAAUUCGAGGAUCUAUUCUAGCUCGUGGUCAGAAGUAUCGUGUUGUUGUAGAUAUAGAAAUGCCAGAGUCACCAACUAACCAAAGGCUAGGUAAAGAACUCGAUGCUUUGUCAGCAGGUAUGUUCUUAAUUGACCUGGAUAUGAAGAGUCAGAAUGGGGAGUCCUUACGUCACUCAUCCCGCUCUGCAAUGCUCAGAUACAGAUCCCCUCUCCUGCAGACAAUUGGAACUACAAUCUUUGCCCCACUCAUGUUGUAUGGAGUCAGUGAGGAAAAACAGAUGGUCACUGUGGAACUUUUUGCUCAGUAUGAGGAAGAUCCUUUGAAUCCUCUCUCAGAAGUACAAAUUGAGUUACACACUCGCCAUGUUGAACUCUAUGCAGCCCAGUUGAGAAUUCACGCUGUGUUCACUGGUUUGCGAUACUUUAUGUAUCACUAUCCUCUCAGUGCAGCAACAGUUGGAGUUGGUAUUUGUAUGGUGUUCUUGUCAGCAGUUGUUAUUCUCAGUUGGUAUCAGUUCUCUGGAUCAAGUCCUGCUGCCCAGGUUGGAAAGCCCACAUUUCCUAAUGGUCAAGCACUCACUGGACCCUCUGAAGACUUACGAAGUAUCAAUAAUUUAACACCAGAGCGUAAAAGUUCACAUAGGCACAGUUUUUCCAUGAAGAAAGGUCAGGAAAGUGACAAAGGUGUUAGUGACUCCAUUGAUGUCUAUGGGACCAAAGACCUUAAUAAUUCUGAUUUGGAAAAGUCUGAAGACAGCAACCUGUUGCCUGAAUCAGAGAGAAGAGACAGUGAUGAAUUUGAAGUUGUCAGUCCCACAAAAUUUGAUAAUGACGUCAACAAACGCUCCAGGAGGUCCUCGGAAGUAGAUGAAGAUGAGACUUAUGUUCGUCAUCGAGUUCAGAGUAUAAGCAAAAUGCCAAAUGAAUCUCUGCUUGAUGAAUAGUUUUGAUAUUCAGAGUUUAUGUGCUGUAUUUGUUUCUCAGUGUGCCAUCUUGUUUACCAUGAGCUUGUAGAAGUGUAAUUUUGAAGCCUUUUAUAGGAAAGCUUUACUGUAACUUUUAAGCAUUUGUUGUAAGUCAGAUAAAUUUUACUAUUUUCAUAGUGAUAUUGAAAAUAGAAAGUAGAAUUGGGGUUUAUCCUUUUUAUAGAUGCAGAUUGAGAGGUAGGAUUCAAAACUAUAGUACAAUAACAUUUUGUCACUAGAAUUUUAUACUUUAGGACCAAGGAUAAAAGGUUUUUCAUAAUUUGAUAUCAAGGUGAAGUUUAUUUGUAGUAUAAAUUUAUCAGAUAUACACAAAAUGAUAAAACAUAGAAAAACAAAGAAGUACCUGUAUAAUAAUUACUCUCUGUGUAGAAUUUAAAUAAAUAAAAUAAAAAGUGAAA